AUGUCAGCCCCACUAUCCAGAGGUAUAUCUCGCAAGAUUGGACACGUCCUAAAGAAGAAUCCGCUCAGCGCCGUAUCGACCCGCAACUACGCGAGAAUAACGUUGAUCGGUAACUUAGUCCAGGAUGCAAGAGUGAUCGAGCGGGGCGGAGACAAAGAACCGAUGGUGGCAUUGAAGGUGGCCACUGCUGAUCCUCUAGGCCGUGAAGCCAGGGAAGCCGGAAAAGAGCCUACUAGUUCGUUCCACGAUGUUCUCUCCUUCAACGCAGGACUGAAUAAAUACUUAGCUGAGUUUAAGAAAGGUUCUCUGGUUCAUGUCCAAGCCGAUGUCAGAAUGCAACCCCAGGAGCAGAAUGACCCCCAAAACUACCAACCUGCUGUUGUCCGACUCACUUUGCGCGAAAUCAACAAACUUCGGAAUCCGAAGUCGGAUUAG